AUGCGGCGGAACUCUCCGGUACACUGCAUAGAGUCCUCUUCUGGGGUUGCGCCGCAGUCGCAUCCUGGUGUGGAGGAAGGGAUGGGGUGCCAGAAACGAGAGCCUAUGGAGGUGACGGAUACGUUUAUCUGCCUCGGCGCUGUCAAUGUCAAGUUGCUCCUGCGCGCGUCGCGGGGCGUUCUGCUCGAGACCGCAGAGCAUAUAGGCGGCAACGUGCUUGUCGAUGAGAGGUGGACGUGCACAAUACGCGAACCGAAGAAUCGGCCAAAUGGGACAUUCAAAGUCCAAAUACACUAUUUUGCCUCUGCUGCACGUUCAUCACAUCCGGACCCUCACAGACCUGUCUCACUCGAGUCCGCGAAGGGCGUACCGGGCUUGAUGACCAUAGUCAAACGCAACGACAUCUAA